AUGGGCGUCAAUAAGAAGACUCGCAAAUUUGCCCAGGUCAAGCGAAUCAUUGGUCAACGUGACGCUCGCCUCAAGAAGAAUCAAGACACACAGAAAACUGAAGCGCCCAAGAAGAAGAAGGAUGACGAGGUCAUUCGGGAAGCACCCCAAGUUUCGUCCGCUCUCUUCUUCCAAUACAACACUGCCCUCGUACCACCAUACCAAGUGCUGGUCGAUACCAAUUUCCUCUCUCACACCGUACAAAAGAAGCUUGAACUACUACCGACCAUGAUGGAUUGUCUCUACGCGAAAUGUAUUCCGAUCAUCACCGACUGCGUCAUGGCCGAGUUGGAGAAACUUGGUCAGAAGUACCGAAUCGCACUAAGGAUAGCAAGAGAUGAGCGAUGGGAACGACUCUCAUGUGGCCACAAAGGUACUUAUGCCGACGACUGCAUUGUCGAUCGAAUCAUGCGACAUAAGAUCUACAUUGUUGCAACAAACGACAAAGACUUGAAGAGACGCAUCCGCAAAAUCCCAGGUGUUCCUAUCAUGAGUGUUGCUCGAGGGAAAUAUCUGAUCGAAAGACUCCCAGCCCCCUUCCAAUCUGGAUUCGAGGGAUUGACCACAUUGCUGACUUUUGCACUAGACGCCCCAGAAAGGUGA